CGCUGCUGCUGGCAUUUCACACACUCAUACUCAACACUACGCACACACACAAACACACACACAUACACACACACAUACACACACAGACUGCAGGAGUCAGACACUGGAUUGCAGGGAAAACACCAAGGGAACAGAAGUUAAAGGAGGAAGACGAAUCUGAUGGAGGACUGAGAGACCAGCUGAUUUUUCUUGUUUGAUAUUUCACUUAUAUGAACUAUCUCUUCAUUUGGGCUUCGAACAUUGCAACUCCAAGGCUGUUACAUAACACUUCACUGGGUCAAGUGUUGUCUUUGAAGAUGAUUUUAAGGCGAUUCAAUCUUCUAGCACUGGUGCUCGUGUCCUGUUGUGCUGUAAAGAUCCGGGGCGAGUGUCCGUCUAAGUGCUCAUGCCCCUCAUCUCUGCCUUCAUGCCUGCCAGGUAUCAGCUCUGUACUGGACUCCUGUGGCUGCUGCAGGGUAUGUGCCAGGCAGUUUAAUCAGGACUGCAGUGCCACUGAGCCUUGUGACCACAUCAAGGGGCUGCACUGCCAUCUAGGGGCCAAAGGAGACCCACAGAGAGGCUUGUGCAGAGCCGAGGCUCAAGGUCGGCCGUGCGAGCUGGAUGGCCGAGUCUACCAGCACGGUGAAGACUUCCAGCCUAGCUGUGAGCACCGCUGCACCUGUAUGGAUGGCGUAGUAGGCUGCAUGCCUCUCUGCCCACACCAUGUAUCCCUCCCUGACUGGCGAUGUGCCCGGCCUCGCCUCACCACUCUGCCUGGACGAUGCUGCCAAGAGUGGGUGUGUGAUGAUGACAACACCAUCGCUGAAGAUGACACAAUGCUCGAGAGCACUCCUCAUGAAUAUGAGAAACAUAACAACUUCAUCGGUAAUGAGCUAUUAGUAAUGGCAACAACACCAUGGGACAGCAGUGCAGGAGCACCAAAUAAUGAGUGGAUUUCCUCCACCAAAUCCAAUGCUCCAGUCCCACCUACAUGCUUCCUGCAAACCACUGAUUGGUCACCUUGCUCAGCAACUUGUGGAAUGGGUGUGUCCAGCAGAGUAACCAAUAGCAACGCGGAAUGCCGGCUUGUUAAGGAGACACGUCUGUGUCAGAUCCGAGAGUGUGGCAACAGCCUAUUGGCAUCACCACUCAAGAAAGGAAAGAAGUGUCAGAGAACUGUAAGGCCACUUGAGCCAGCUCCACUCACAUUCGCUGGAUGCACCACCAUGCGCCGAUACCGGCUGCGUUCCUGUGGCUCAUGCGUUGAUGGACGCUGUUGUGAGCCCACGCUCACCCGCACGGUGCGCAUGCACUUCCGUUGCCCGCAAGGACAAGAAUUCACCCGCAACAUCAUGUGGAUCAUUCAGUGCAGCUGCACUCAGAGCUGCAGUAUGGGAUCAUCAACACAGCACCCGAAGUCCAUCAGCCUACCCAAUGACAUACAUACAUUUAAAUAUUAGGCUCAUCUGCAUAAACACACACAGUCUCCAAACUCCAUUACAUGUGACAAAAUGUUUUUGUGUGACAAAAUGCAUUUUCAUCAGCUAU